GUGGCUAUGGUUGUGGCAAGCAGUGGGUGGAUACAAAAUGUCAAUUUUCCCUCAAAUCAAAAUGACAGUAACUUAAACUCUGGUUCUGUGGUGGAUAACAAUAAAAUGACUGCCAAAGGUAUACUUAUGUGUCGGGAUAAUUCCCACGCGUUCCAAGACAGGACACUUAAUUUGGAUCAACCUGUUAAGAUAGGUAGGUCUGUUGCUCGAACGCGUGCAGCUAAUGAUAAUGCAAUAUUCGACUGCAAGGUAUUGUCACGGAACCAUGCAUUGCUGUGGUACAACGCCGGUAAGUUUUUCCUCCAAGAUACCAGAAGCAGCAACGGCACGUUUGUCAAUAAUCAACGGCUCAGCGCCACGGGCUCCGAGUCAGCUGCUAAAGAAGUUUGCUCGGGCGAUAUUGUGCAAUUUGGCGUUGACGUGGUGGAAAGUACCAAAAAAGUGACCCACGGUUGCAUUAUCGCCACUUUGAAGCUGUAUUUACCGGACGGUAAGGAGGCCAAAGCAAGCAGGAGCAUGUACAUGACCAGCGCCGCUGGAGAUGUUACGCUUGAGGAUCUUUACAAGCUUAAUCAAUAUCUCCAAGAGGCCAGCAGACGUGAGAAAGUUCUUCAGUCAAAGUUGGCUUAUUUGGAGAAGCUUGUUGACAAUACCAAGAAAGCCGCCAGCCAGUCUUGGAAGGCCUUGAUUGAUGAGGACCGUCUCUUGUCAAGGAUAAAAACUGUCGAGAGUCAGCUUAUUGUUUAUACGAAAAAUUACAGCGAGGACAAAGUCAGGAAUGAGAUAUUGAAGCUGGAGGAGGAAAAAUCCCAGUACCAGAUUGCUGCGAAAGAAGCCUUGGAGAAAGUUCAUCAAGAAAAACUCCAAGUUACGGAAAAAUUGAUAAAUCUUGAGAGUCGGUUGAAUGAAACUGAAGAAGAAUGCCAGAGUUUACAUGAGAUUGCUAAGCACGCUCAGAUAGAGUUGCAGGAGCUUGCUGCCAAGUACUCGAACGCGCAGAAAAAUUUAGCCCAGGUAGAAGCUACACUUGCGGAUAAAGAGCAAGCUUCCAGGGAGAUGGUUGAGCGUGCUUUGCAGCAGAAAGAAUACUUGACCCGAAAAGUAAAUCAUCAUUCGGAAAUUGGUCAAGUGCUUCAUCAUAAGCUUGAUAUGAAUCGUCUUGAUUCUAUGAAAAUUCAUAAAAAAAUAACUGGCCUUAAAAAUUACAUGCAAACGCUCAAAGAUAUUAACGCUAAAUUGAUGUCUGAAGAGUCUAAAGACGGUGUCAAUCCAAUUGAAAUAAUAAAUGCCAUUCUUGAGACACUUAAUGGCAUGAUAGCCGAGACUGAGACCAUUGACAUCUCGCCGGACAAAUUGAAGAGCUUCAACGACCUUGAGUUUGGGUUGUUGAAGAACGCUGAGGAUGAUUUUGCGAAGUACAUUGUACCGCCGUCAUCGCGGACUACUAUUAACGGUAAAAAUGAUGAAAAUCACACGGAAAAGUCCGAGCAGGAUGACGACGCUGGUUCUGAAGUUAAUUAUGAUAGCUCUAGUACAACUAGCGAAGACACGCACAGUUUGGUAGGUAGCGAAGGGUCCAAUGAAGAAAAGUCAGUCGUUGAAAUGAAACUGGUGAAUAAUGCUAGUCUGGAUGAGGAGCAAUCGGAAGUGACUAAUAAAUUAGAAGUUACAUUUGCAGAUGACAACGGCAGAGAACUCAUUGAGAGCUAUCAUCAUCAUCAUUAUCAUCAUCAUUCAAAUGAUAAUAAUAUUGAGGAUGAAUCGGAUGAAUCUACGGAUACUAUUUCUGCCUUGUCAUCAUUACCGUCCACGUUAAUUAAGCCAGACAAGGAUCAAUUUAUUGCUGAUAAUGAAAAUUUAACGAUGAUAAUGAAUGACGUUAAGGAGGAGGUCGUUGAAGAAAAGGAAAAGGAAGAAACGGAUGGAGAUUACAUCAAGACACUGAAGCCCGUUGGAAAGACAACUUGUGACUGCUCAUCUCAGUCUUUGCACACUCGGGAGUACAUUCUUGAUUUGUUCAUGUCUUCGCUUGACUCUCUGGAUAAUGAUGAUGACGCAGAAGCUCAGCUAGCUGUUAAAAAAGAGCUAGAGCAAGUGCGCAGUUGGUUCGUCAAUGAAUCCAGCGAUUUGCUUGUUGAUAAACUUAAGGAGUUAUAUUACAAGGCUAAAAAUGAAAAGUCGCGUAUGCAAGAGAUAAAUGAACAAUUGGUUAUUCUUAAAGAGAAAUUUAAUACGUGUAAUGAAGAUAAAAAUGAUCUGGCUAAGCAGUAUGCUACUUUGAAGUCCGAGUGUGGUGAUUUUAUCAACACCAGUUACAGUGUUCCUAUCCAGUAUAUUGCACCAAUAUUAAUUGCCUUUUUGUGGCUACUCAUGGAAAAAAUGUUCUAAUUUACUCACUAUUAAUUGAUAUUAAAUUAAAAUAUAUACAUAGUUAAUUAAUCACGAGAUUGAAUAAUUAUAUUUAUCAUAUUCUUUCAUCGAUUGUUGUAAAUACUCGUAUUAAAUAAUAUUCAUUGUAUUUUAAUUAAUCUAACACUGCGAAUAUUUCAAAAUAAUAUUUAAUUAAUCUAAGAAUUAAAUUUUUUAUGAGUGAAUAAUUAAUACGCAAUGACUCAUUGUAGUCAAUAAAAACAAUAAAACCACGUAUUGUAAAAUUUAAGUUUGUGUUUAAUUAAAAAUGUAAUUAGAUUAGAUAUUAAUCACAGGACAAUACUUGUAUGUGUAAUAAGCUGCCAAUUUUAAUAUCAAUUAAAAAUUUUCUUAUAUUAAACGAAAAAUAAAAACAAUAUGUUCCUUUA